AUCACACAGGAAGUGGAACUCCUCCAGACUUAAAACAGCUCCGAUCAACACUGUACAUUUUCAUUACAGCUGUAAAUUCUCUCACAUGUAGAAGUCAACAUCUGGAUGGGAGCCUGACUGAGCAUCAGCCUGUUUAUAUGGGAUGGAUCUCCUCAACUCCAGCCUCCUUCACAACAACCAAUCAGACUUGAGCAGCGUCUUCACCCACCAGGUGCUUCCUUCACUCUAUCUCAUCAUCUGCCUCGUGGGCCUGGGCCUGAAUGGCGUCGCCGCCUGGAUCUUCUUCAGAGUGCCCAGCGACUCGGGUAUGGUGGUCUACCUGAAGAACAUGGUGGUGGCCGACCUGCUCAUGCUCGCCACCUUCCCCUUCAAGCUGGCGUCUCAGCUGGAACUUGGCGGCUGGCGGAUCCACGUGGUCACCUGCCGCUACACCGCCGUGCUCUUCUACUACUCCAUGUACGUGGGGAUCGUCUUCAUGGGCCUCGUCAGCAUAGAGCGCUACCUCAAGAUCGUCCGACACACGUCCUCCUGCUGCACCUCCUCCUGCAGGUCCAGGCUGUGUGGGACCUCCGCGCUGCACCUCAUGCAGAGCGUGGGCUUCGCCCGGGUGCUAGCCCUCCUCACCUGGAGCCUUCUCCUCAUCUGCGCUCUGCCCAACUGCAUCCUGACCAGCAAGCCGGCCCACGAGGGGAACGCCCGGGACUGCAUCGGGCUGAAGACGCCGCUGGGCGUGAAGUGGCAUCACGGGUCCAUCAGCUUCAUUGUGUUCCUGUUCUGGGUGACACUGCUGGUCCUCGUCUUCUGCUAUGUCUCCAUCGCCCACCGGGUUUACCAGUCGUACCGACGGGCGCAGACCUCCACCAGCAACGUCUGCCGCAAAUCCAACCGCAGCAUCUUCAGCAUCCUGGCGGUGUUCGUCAUCUGCUUCGUGCCGUACCACGUCUGCCGCUUGCCGUACACGUUCAGUCAGAAGACAGAAUCGGACCUGUCCUAUGACACCCGGUUCCUGCUGUUCCAGCUGAAGAAGGGGACGCUCUUCCUGUCGUCUCUCAACGUCUGUCUCGACCCCAUCAUCUACGUCCUCACGUGUCAGACCUUCAGAGAGUCGCUGCUGAGGAAACUGUCAGGGAGGGAGACGAUGAGAACCCUGACCACCGCCCAGAGCGCGAGCAACAUCUAGGACGAGAGACGGAGGAGGAGACGAGGGGGGACGAAGGAGGAGGAGACGAGGGGGGACGAAGGAGGAGGAGACGAGGGGGGACGAAGGAGGAGGAGACGAGGGGGGACGAAGGAGGAGGAGACGAGGGGGGACGAAGGAGGAGCGAGAGUAGAGGAGGAUGAGUGGAGACAAGUGGAGAGCAGAGGAGACAAGAGCAGAGGAGACAAGAGGCGAGGAGACAAGAGGCGAGGAGACAAGAGUUGAGGAGACAAGAGUAGACAAGGGAAGGAAAGAAGGAGAUAGGAGGCUCCUAACCUCAGCUACAGUCUGAGCCACAUUUUGACACUCUUUGUUAAAACUCAUGUGUUUAAAUAAGAGUUCAUGAAAAUAAUUUGAUUCUGAAAGUUAAACCACUUUUAUUCAGGAAGUAAAUCAUUGAAUCUAAAAACCGGUGUCUUCACAUUUAUAUUAAUUUGAUAAAAAUAUCAUUUUACAGAGAAGCCUGCAGACUCAGCUUGGUUUUAUUUAUUGUGGAGGAUUUAUUAUGUGAGAAAGGAAAAGACGAUGCCACACUGUGUCUCUGUGGAUCGGGAAGUGAAACCGGACUCUGAUGCCUGGGCAUCAAACGUGUGACACCCGACUGCUGUGGUGUCCAGGUCUGUGGUCGUUCCACUUCUUUGAUUCAACUGUUUUUUGUACAGGCUGCUCGUCUUUGGAGCCUCUGUGCAGUUACACACAAUGGCCACUGGAGCGCAGCAAACACACAACAAUAUAUUAACAUUUCCUAUUAAACAUUUAAAUAUUCAAUUCUUAAAAUAAAUGUGUCUGUGCUGCCCUCUUGUGGUCACACUCAUUUCCAUGUUAAGCAUUAAGCAUUUAUUUUGAAAGUGAGCACAGGAAGUGAACACCUUUACUGCCCCCUGAUGGUCACAGUGAAGAUCCAUUUUGUCUGUGGUGUAGUGACAAACGUACACUUUGAGUAACUGUACAUGGAAUCAUAAUGAUAUUGUAAAAUUUAAAUGACGAAAAUAAAAACAGUUGUGUGU